AUGACUUUGAGUAUUUCUUCAAGGAAUAUGAGUCUAUGGUCUUCGUUGGAAGAAGCAUAUGAUAAUUUAGAUCUUUCAGAAAGCGAUGGAGAAUGUAACAACUCCACAAAGUUGUAUAUGCAAAAAUUUCAAAGCAAAGUCGAUUUUUCAAUGAAAAAUGAAAGGAAGUUAAAAGAUAAAAGCGACAAGGCAACGACUGAUCAUGCUCUAGACAGAAGAUCGUGCUCCAUACUAUUCAAAAUGAUGAAUCAGGAAAUAUUUAGUGAAGUCAAUGGGUGUAUUAGUACAGGAAAAGAAGCAAACAUAUAUCAUGUAAAAAAUAAAGAGAAUGUGGAUUUCGCUAUCAAAGUUUAUAUGACAUCAAUAAUGCCAUUUAAAUCUCGCGAUAAAUACGUAAAGGGUGAUUUUAGAAUGCGUCAUGGUUACUCAAAGUCAACGUCUUGGAAGCUUGUAUGUAAAUGGAGUGAAAAAGAAUAUCGUAAUUUACUCCGAAUAAAUCAAUCGGGUUUAAUAAGUGCCCCCAAACCUCUACGUUUGAAAGGCGUUGUUCUAUUGAUGACGUUUGUUGGGAAGGAUGGUAUUCCCGCUCCAAAGUUAAAGGAUGUUUGUUUUCACGAAAUUAUUCAUGAUAUACGAACUUUGUUUCAAAAGUGCCGCUUAGUCCACGCCGACCUAAGCGAAUACAACUUACUAUAUCUUGAUGGAAGAGUUUGGAUGAUUGAUGUUUCCCAGGCUGUGGAACAUGAAUCGCCUCAAGCUCUUGAAUAUUUAAGAACUGAUUGUCACAAUAUAAAUAUAUUUUUUCGCAAACAAGGUGUCUCAACUUUAACAUUACGAGAACUUUUCGAAUGGGUAGUGAAUCCCUCAUUGCCUGCACCCGAUGAUGCAUCAUCUAAAGAGUGUUUAAUGUCUUUACUUCGAGAAGCUUCAAUUCGUGGAUUAAAUGAAACAAUUGAGAAAGAGGAUGAAGCUUUCCGAUAUGUACAUAUCCCUCGAAAUUUAUCAGUAUCUUAUCCAUUUGUGAGAGAUUUUCUUAAAAUACAACGUGGACAAUUGUCACAUUCUGAUAUUUACUACGCAGCUAUAACUGGACUGAAACCAGAUUUAACAGGCAUUUUAACACAACCUCAAGUGACCAAAGAAAACAAUGAAUGUGAAUCGGACAAUGAAUCAAUUACAGACAAAGCUUCAAUCACUUCAGAAAUUUCUUUUGAAUCUAUUAGCGAAGAUGUAAUUAAAGCAAAGAAUAAUGCACGACCUCGAAAUGAAUCUCCAGAAAGUCGUAGGAAUAGAAAAAAAGCAAUCAAACAAGAACAAGCUGAAAAGCGAAAACAUAAAAUUCCUAAGUGUAGUUUGUACAAGUUGAUACUUAUCUUCAUAAAUGGAUUCCAGUGCAAGUAAUUCAUUUUCACAAUCUUCUACUGACAUCUUUGAAAAUAAACAAAAAUUCAUUAAAUUGAGAAAUAUGAAUAAUCCUAGUGAAAUGCCUCUUUGUACCAAUAAUAAAGAUGCAGGUUUACUACAAAGGAUAUAAAAAAUCUCCUUUAUCCUGUAUGUUCCUAUCAUUGACAAUAAUGGUUGAAAGUGUGAAGCCAUAUCAACAGCUUUUGGACCAUUUCUAUUGUUGAUGGACGAUCUACCAAGUGCUCCACGUUCCUU